AAUAGGGAGUGGCGGCAGGUAUUUGAUUUUGAAAUUGGUGGCGUCGGUCUCUUCCUUGAUUGAAUCGAGUUUUUUUUAUUAUAACUGAGUGGUUGAGAGUUUAUGUUUUAUGAUGGAUGAUACGAAUUCUUUAGUGACAGACAUAUCGAAUAGCGCCUUCCUCAAAAAUCUUAAGACGCUGUGGGCAGAAUGUGGGUUUAAUGCAGAGGAUGUUGCAAAGCGUGGUGAUGAGGUUAAGAAAGAAAUUGAGGAGUGCAUCCAGAAUAGUAUCGAGCAUAUUAUUUCUAGAGAGCAACAGAAGAAACAUGAGAUGCACGAAAGGCUGAAUUCUUUAUUGCAUGAAGCUGACAAACUAAGUAAGGAACUUGAAGUUCAUUUUUAUCCUGCAUUAUAUGAUACGCUGCCUUUAUGUGAGGCUCUUACUGAGGUAGAGUGUGAAACAAGAAAACUUCAGGAGAAGAAGUGUGUGCUCAUGAAAGAAAUAUUGGAGAUUUCAAAGCAGGAGGCAGAACUGUGUUCAAGUCUUGGAGAAGCUACAGAGAUUAAAGUAGAGGAUGCUCUACCAACAAGGGAUGAGAUAGCCAUUUUCAAUCAAAGACUUCGAGAUCUGCAGUCACGAAAGGCUACACUGUUCAGAGUAUUUCAGUGUAAGAAAUCAUCAAUUGUAUCAUCCCUGAGAGAACUGGGAAGUGAACCUUCUGAAGAUUUUGAAAGGAAAGUUGUGUGUGGCAAAGAUGAUGAAUUCAAACUUUCUGAAGAAAACAUGAGGAAACUGGAUGAGUUGGAGACAUAUUUUCAAAAGAAAGUUGUAGAGAGAAGGAAGUGUAUUAACGCUCUCUGGGAUAAGCUAAGAAAUCUCUGGGUGCGUCUUAAAGAGGAUGCAACAUAUCAAGGAGAUUUCUUACGUACCAACACAGGCAUUGGCAUUUCAACAAUGACAGCGCUAGAACAGGAAGUACGAAGAUGUGAAAUCAGGAGGAGGGAAAAUAUACCCCACUACAUAAAAGCUGUAAGAGAAGAAAUACAGGAGCUGUGGGAUAAAUGCUGCUUUGGAAGACAUCAGCGUUUAUCAUUCCUGGAAUUUUAUUCAGAAGGAAGUAGUGAAUCCUUACUUGAACGUUUGGAAGAGGAAGUCUCUACAUUACGAAAGUAUUAUAAUGAGAACAGGUGUCUCCUGGACCUUGCCAUGGAACAUAAAAAUCUCUGGGAAAAAUUUCUCUCACUUGAGGAAAAAUCUCAUGACAAGGAUAGGUUAUUCAAGAAUCGUGGAGGUGAGCUGCUGAAGGAGGAAAAGGAAAGAAAUCACAUUCAAAAGGAGCUUCCAAAAAUUGAAAAUGAAAUAAAAAAACUAGUUAGAAAGUAUGUUGAGCAGCACAAUGAGCCAUUUUAUUUUUACGAUGAAGACAUUAAUGAAAAAAUAGACACACUAUGGACCAGCUUGAAUGAAAGUCGGCAGAAGUACAAAUCUUCAUGGCAGAAAAAACAGCCCUCAUCAAAAGAAAGUGGUGGAAUGAAACGAAAAUUGGAUUUUGAAAGUACAUCAUCACACAAGAAACAGCAGUUCGCAUACCGGCCAAAACCACAUGAAUUAGUGCCCCAGAGAGACUGUCGUAAUAAUGUGACACGUCGUAGGCUGCUGUCACCAGUGCCAAAUAUGAAUGAAACAUUUGUUUCUGGCAUUGGGGAGAUCGAUGGUGGAACGUAUUCUGUUUCCAAGAGUGCUGCUCAACAAGAAAAUGGACUCCCUUCAAGUAUAAUUAACAAAAGGGAAGCAUUCAGAGACAUUAACAACACAAAACAACAUAUUACUCUAAAGGCUUCAAAAAUUCCAAUGAAACCCCCACGCAGAAACAUUGGUAUGGCAGUUCGUCUCAGGCGUAACUCAUCUGAAUUUACUGAAUGCCAAGCAAAUAAAAAACUUAGACGUUCUUCUCUUCCUGAUAUGGACAUACUAUAAAUGAAAACAAAAGUUCCAUGUGUCACCAUAAAUUUAUCUUCAAGUUGAUUUAAUAUUCCCACUUUUUCACUGGAUAAGGUUAUUUGUACAAAUUUCUCAUAAUUUACAGUAGAAUGAAAACAGCUAAAUGCUGUUUCACACAUAAAUAGCUUUCAUGCUUGGUGCUCAGUGAAUCUUGAGUCAAUGGACUUGUGUCAUUAUCAUUUUGUAUUGUUUUUAACUGAAGAUUUUUAUUUAUGACUGUUCCACAUCCCAAAGUGAUUUUUAUUUUCUAUAACUACCUUACCUCACUAUAAGACAACUCAGAAUAUAAGAUGACCCCCUUUCUUUGAAGACCCAACAUGUGAAUUUUUUUGUAUUUAACAUAUUAUGACUAAUAUUUGCAGACUCUUUAUUAUUAUAUUGAUCUGUCUGAAGAGGUUAAGUACCAUGCACCAGCUCAUACUUGCUUUGAAUUCUGCACCUCAUGCAGUUGAAAAAUUCCUCCUCAUUUCCAGCACCUUCAUUUGAUUAGUUUCUCAAGUAAUGAGGAAGCCUUUAUUCCACUUUUCUCGCAUGUACUGAACAAUCUGCUGCUUCAGUCCAUGAAAUCUUCCCUCUGUUCCCCUGAAAGUGUAGCAUGUAGAACUUAGAGCAUUUAAUUUAUUCUUCAUCUGAUAUCAGCUACGAAAAUUAAUUUUUGUGUUAUUAGAUUUUCUUUUUGUUGCACAGACUUUUGUGGUCUCUGCUUCAGGAAUAACCAUUAACUUACAAUUAUCUGUGCGAACCAAUUGUGAACUGCAGAUUCAUAGAGUCAUGUUUCUCAACCAUCACAGAUAUGAUUUUGUAUCCAUUAUUAAUCGCUGCAAUUUACUGUUCUCAUAGAAUUAAGCAAACUUAAUGACAGUAAUAAUUUAUCCUCUUAACUCGCUACAGUGGAUCAACAGGAAUUGACUACUUUAGGCUACAAAUGUACUUUAUCAUUUGUUGCCAGAGUUGAAAAUUUCUAUUGCUGUAGAGUAGAAGCUACUUUAGUAAUAGUGUUGUUGAACUUGAUGUUUCAUUUGGUCUGACUCAAGUCAUUUCUGACUACUAAUGGAUCCGGUUUAAAUGUGAUGUAUGUUCCUAAAAAACAAGGGACACAACGCAUAUUCCCAUAGCUAGCAGCAUGAAGAAAAUUGCUGCCUGCUCACCACUAACCUUCCCACAUUUGGCCAAGUUGAUGCUGCUGCAUCCUAUCCCACCCUUUUGAAAACUAAGCAAAAUUCACACCUGACUUCUCUGCAUACUUCCAAAAAGGUUACCAGAAGUCCACAGUACAGCCAACAGCUAAUACUAAGUAUCAGAGAUACUUCAUUGCACCUCUCUAAAGGUGGACAAAAUAAUUUUUUAAUCCAUGUUGCAGGUAUGUAACACUAUGCAUUUAAGGGUUAAAAUUGUAUUCUAUUGUGUAGUCUACUCCAGCAGUGUUUUAUGUAAAUGUAUAGUAUUUAUGCUGUAGAGUGGUGUUUAUAAACCCUACUUGAUAACAGUGAAUGUGCAAUCAAGAAAAUGUAACAAAAAAUUAAUAUUUAAUAAAGUUUAAUAAGACAUUA